UGGCCACGUGACAAGGCGCUGGUAAUCAAGCGCCGAGAGGGCGAGUCCCCGCCGGUGGCGCCGGGUCGGCCAGCUGGGUACCGGACACGGGCGCCGGAGGCGGGCCGCUGCCAUGGGCCUGGGCGCCAGCACCGAGCAGCCCGCGGGCGGCGCCGAGGGUUUCCACCUUCACGGGGUGCAGGAGAACUCCCCGGCCCAGCAGGCGGGCCUGGAGCCCUACUUUGACUUCAUCAUCACCAUUGGGCACUCGCGACUGAACAAGGAGAAUGACACGCUGAAGGCCCUGCUGAAGGCCAAUGUGGAGAAGCCCGUGAAGCUGGAGGUGUUCAGCAUGAAGACCAUGAAGGUGCGCGAGGUGGAGGUGGUGCCCAGCAACAUGUGGGGCGGCCAGGGCCUGCUGGGCGCCAGUGUGCGCUUCUGCAGCUUCCGCAGGGCCAGCGAGCACGUGUGGCACGUCCUGGACGUGGAACCCUCUUCGCCUGCCUUCCUUGCCGGCCUGCGCCCCUACACAGACUAUGUGGUUGGCUCAGACCAGAUCCUCCAGGAGUCCGAGGACUUCUUUACGCUCAUCGAGUCCCAUGAGGGGAAGCCCUUGAAGCUGAUGGUUUAUAACUCUGAGUCUGACUCCUGCAGGGAGGUGACUGUUACUCCCAAUGCAGCCUGGGGUGGAGAGGGCAGUCUGGGGUGUGGCAUUGGCUAUGGGUAUCUGCACCGGAUCCCAACCCAGCCCCCCAGCCACCACAAGAAGCCGCCUGGUGCCCCACCACCUGCUACCCCACCACCUGGUGCCCCGCCACCUGGACCCACCCCCCAGGACACUCCAGCCCCUCCCAGCCCAGACAUGGGCUCCAGGCAGAGUGACUACAUGGAGGCCCUGCUGCAGGCACCUGACUCCUCCAUGGAGAGACGGCUUCCUGAGCUCGGGCUUCUCAGCCAUGGUGCUCCAGACCUUGGCGAUCUUCCACGUUCCUUGGAGAUUCCUCUUCAGCCUCCACCUCCAGUGCAGCGAGUCAUGGACCCAGGCUUCCUGGACGUGUCGGGCAUCUCUCUCUUGGACAGCAGCAAUGCCAGUGUCUGGCCCAGCCUGCCCUCAUCCACAGAGCUGACCUCCACAGCUGUCUCAGCCUCAGGAACAGAGGAUGUCUGCUCCAGCAGUGGUUCUCAUGAGCGUGGAGGUGAGGCCACAUGGUCUGGGUCAGAGUUUGAGGUCUCCUUCCCGGACAGUCCAGGUGCUCAGGCCCAGCCAGACCACCUGCCUCAGCUGACCCUUCCCGACAGCCUCACCUGUGCAUCCUCACCGGAAGAUGGGCUGUCUGCCGAGCUGCUCGAAGCUCAGGCUGAGGAGGAGCCAGCAAGCACAGAGCACCCAGAUUCCGAGGUGGAGGCCGAGGGGGCAGCCAGUGAGGGCCAGCUUUCUACCCCAGAAUAAUGCCCUGGACUGUGACAAGGCCCCUGAUGGCAUUUCACGAGGCCCAGAUGUGGGGAGGCAGCUCAGGCCACACUGUGCAUCCCAGCCCCUUGCCUGAUCAUAGCCCACUGUAUUCAGCCUCCUAGGCUGUGGCUCUGGGUGAUGUGCAGGGACUUCUGGCAGGGAGCUUUUGUGUCCACUCAGACCCCCCCGAUCCUAGUCUCCAAGAGAUGACCUCCCUGCAUGAAUCCUGCCUGAUGGUCCUGGCUUUAGGGAACUGGGCACUGUUUGGGGUGGUAAAGGGCUGGGAGCAGCACCCCUGGUUAAGUAAGUUUUACAGGAGCUGGGAUAGGAAAGGAUUCUCUGCUGCUUGGCUGGGGCAGGAAGCCUCAGUGGGUAGUACAAGGAGGCUGUGGGCCUUGGGGAAGGGCAUCUUUUGGCCAUGCACCCCUGAGUCCAGUGCUUACUCUUGCUUUGGUCGCUGUGGCUGCCCAGGAGGCUGCAGGGUCCAGACACCAUCAGCUGUGAAGAUGGGGUGAGGGAGGAAGGGGCUGGUGUAGAGCAUUUGCCUGACUGCCUUGUAGGGCUUGCCUUCAUUUUUGCUACACAGCUCAGGCAGCCCUGUCUGUACUGGAAGGCCCUGGGGACCCCUGAAGCCCCAAUAAUAGUCUCUUCCAUACGUACCCUCAUCCCUAUGUCACACUGCACAGUUGGCUCAGGCUGGCCAACGUAUGCCAGUCACCGUUGGAGAAGAGAGGCAGCGAACUUGACCACCUCUCCUGGGGCAGGCAGGUGGGGGCUGAAAAUUCUAGGCUCUUCAGCAGAGACUCACUUGUGCUUGGACCACAAGGUUUCUUCUUCCUCAGGGUCCACACCCCACAGACCUAGUAUCCCCAGUAGUGACUCCUGUCAGCUCCAAAACUUAUAGAACUGUAUCUUCUAAAUAUACAAGGCAUCCUGCCAGACCGAAUGGUGAAUACAAGUUACAAAUUUAAGUUCACCAUCCUAAGCAGACUCUCAAAGUUGGUCCCCUGAUGGGAUCUCUUUACACACAGCCCCAACUCCAAGGGGGAUGAGGAGUCUGUUCCCCUCACCCCCAGGUGCCUUGGGAGGCGGCGGGUCUUCUGCUUUGUGCAGUUCCUGCAGAAAGGGGAGGGCUCCAUCCAGGGGCGGCCCCUCAUCACCUGAAGUCCUCUUCUGACUUGGUUGGAGUCCCGCACCUUCCCACACUCAUUGCUGAUUACCAUGAAAGCUGCCCCUGGCCUUGUCUUCUAGCUUCUUCCCAGUUCAAAGUCCUACCUUUACAGAUUGAUUCAUAAUGUCUGCACUUAAAAGGAAUUCACAGAGGUCUGCUGGCCCACAGGACAAGGACUGUCAGCUCGGGGCAGGGGGAGACGGGGGCACAAACCAAGUACAUGGAGGGAAGGCCCCAAAUUAGUAAACACUUAAUUUUUCUAGCACUGUGACUGCAUUUAAAACAAGCCCUUGUCAAGCCUACUGGAAUAGCUGAUAAGCCUGCAGAACAAGGAGGCACUGUGUCCAAAGCCAGUGCUGGAGCUGGUUCCUGGACUGUCUGGGAGCCCAAAGUGCUUGCAGGAAUCCAAGAAGUGGGAGAGCAUCGCCACGGGGCUGUUCUGAGGCCAGCUUCCCUUAACUGCAACCUGGCCAUCUGACCCGAAGGCACCCUUAGCCACGGUUCUGGUUCUUCCCUCCCUCAUUUUCA